AUGACGCUACUAGAAGAAUCCGCGAAGUUACGGGAUAGAGCGACUGUUACCACCGCGGCUGAUCGUGCAGGUUGUGGACACGUGGCAGCUGACAUGACAGCUGACGUGGCGAGAAAGAAUGAACACCACGAAAGAGCUUGUAGCGGAGUUCCCCCAAUCGCGUUUGCUAAUUCUUCUGCCCCUGCCGCCGCGGUUUCCGCCUCUGGUGCUUCCGCCAGUAGUGCUUCCGCCACCAGCGCUUCCGCCAUCAGCGCUUCCGCCAGCUCCGCCGCGACAACCCCCGAAUUGGUUCCUCGCUCUUCCCGCCCAUCCACCCCCU